CCUCCUAUCCCAGCUAAUCAUACGAUAUCGUCUAUGACAUUUCGUAGUUUUAUUUAAACGAUUCGGGCGUAGGACGAGAUGGACCUCGUGGAAGACGAUCAGGUGCUGGAGGCAGCGCUAUCCCUCGUGGAAGCGUGGGAGCAAGGAGAAGUCAGUGCGAAGCAACCAGUAACAGUUGCGAAGAAGACAGCCAAGAAGAAACGGAACUACAAUCCGAAUCGAGCACGAGAGGAGCAGCGCAAAGAACUACUGGCGCUGCGUGAAGAAUUGCCAGCAUUGGAAAAGCGUCUCAAAAUGUUGCACCUAGAGAUGGAAAAUAUGAAUAUCAGAGCGAUGUCAGUGGGCAAACAAGAGACAAUAAAUUUAUGGAGGAAAAUGGCUCUGUAUCAACGCCAAACGCGACUGAGCGCAGAGGAGGAAAACAAGCGACUGCGUGAACUCAUUCGUGAACACAAUGAAGUGACAAAUCGAAGUAUUCAACAUAUUUUGAGUAGUAAACAGGGGCAUGUGGAGACGAUCGAGCGCUUGCCAGACCCUUGGCCAUGCAGACGACAGUACCCUGUUCCAUUGGGCAGUAACGAUAAUUAUCUCUUCAAAGAUAUGGCUGGAACUAUCGACUUUGUGCAGCGUCAAGUGCUUCGAGUGCUUGCACUCGAUACGAACUCUGGAACCGAGACGGAUGUGACUCUCUUCCCGUCGGCCAAGAACGCGCACCCCCGAUUAUUUGCAGACAAGAUUUUGCCAUAUAGCGUCGAACUCACAGGAGACGUGGCGUGGCAGUACUUUGCACACUCCUUUAGACGACCAACAACUCGGUUCUAUUACCACACCGAGACGAAUCAGGUUUGUUUAGCUAGUAAUAAUCUGGUCGGAUAUUGUGCACUUACACUUAUUCUACACUUACUCCUAGUCUUCAGGCCUCGUACAUGACGAUACAAUCGUAGAAAGCUUUGGGGAGGAGCAUCGCUUUGGUAAAGUUCUGUUCGACUUUAAAGUCAAGCAGAUCGUUCGUCGUUAUGUGGCUGCUGGUCGAGUCGUGAUCGCUUGGCGAGCACUUUUAAGCCCGGAAGCAUUUAAAGGCGAGAGUCUCAGCGGCAUUCAAUUCGAAGAGAAGGGUGCUCUUGUAAUUGAGCCCUUUCAAACCGAUAGUAAUAGUGCUUGCGUCGUUCAUACAUGGCAAAUGAUCACUCCAGAUAUCACUGACAACGCAACAAAAAGCGGUCGAACCAAGUUGGUACAAGACAUGACUGAGUUUUUACUUCAAGGCUGUAGACCAGAACGAGCGGUGGAGAGUUUGGAGCGAGCUUUACGUGCACAGUCGAUGCAGAUGGAGGCAACAAUGAUGCCAGUGGUACAAUAAAUCUAAUAGAAACCAAAAAUUCUAUUGCUCUUUGAAC